AUGUCACCAAGACCAUCUCCCCCCCUCCUCUUCUCCUUCCUCCUCUUCCUCCUCCUCCCACCACACCCUGUCACCUCCAUUGACCACUCCACCACCACCACCACCAUCAUCACCACCACCACCGGCCCAGUCCGUGGCCACCAUCUCCAGGUGACCUCCCAUGAUGACAUCACUCAAGUGACAGCAUUUUUAGGUAUCCCUUACGCUCAACCACCGGUGGGACAUCUUCGUUUCCAACCACCUCAACCCAUCCAACCAUGGCGAGAUGUUCUAGAUGCAUCUUCUCACCGCCAUGUUUGUUACCAAGCUGUGGACACCAUGUUCCCUGGUUUUGGUGGCUCGGAGAUGUGGAACCCCAACCGAGAGAUGAGUGAAGAUUGUCUUUAUCUCAACAUCUGGACACCAUCAUCAUCUCCAUCAUCAUCAUCAUCAUCAUCAUCAUCAUCAUCAUCAUCAUCAUCAUCAUCAUCAUCAUCUCCAGUUGUCCCAGUUUUGGUUUGGAUUUAUGGUGGUGGCUUCUACAGCGGCGCUGCCUCUUUAGAUGUCUACGAUGGUCGUUACUUGGCCGCCGUUGAAGGUCUGGUGGUGGUCUCCAUGAAUUAUCGUGUAGGAGCUUUGGGUUUCUUGGCUUUUCCUGGUCAUCCAGAAGCUCCUGGCAACGUUGGGUUGAUGGAUCAACGUUUGGCUUUGAGGUGGAUCCAGGAGAACAUCAGAUCUUUUGGUGGUGACCCUCAGUUGGUGACUCUCUUCGGUGAAAGCGCUGGAGCUGCCUCAGUUGGGUUCCAUCUAUUGUCUUCUUCUAGUCGUGGUCUCUUUAGAAGAGCUGUCCUACAAAGUGGGUCACCUAAUGGUCCAUGGGCCACCGUUGGAGCUGCUGAAGGACGGCGGCGAGCGACCACCUUGGCUCAACUGGUUGGGUGUGGUGGUGGUGGUGAUGAUGGUCUCUUGAGUUGUCUUCGUUCCAAGAGUCCAUCAGACUUGGUGGACCAAGAAGCUUCUGUGAUCCCUCAACAAGGUAUUUUCCGCUUCGCUUUCGUCCCCGUCAUCGAUGGAGAUUUUUUGAUGGACACACCUGAAGUUCUUCUAGGAACUGGUGGCAAACCAGAAGAGACUGAAGUUCUUCUAGGUGCUGUCCAAGAUGAAGGGACCUACUUCUUGGUUUAUGGUGUCCCAGGGUUUGGAAAAGACAAUGAAAGUUUGAUCAGUCGAGAAGAAUUUUUAGGUGGGGUCAAACUUGGGGUUCCUCAAGCCAACGAGUUGGUGGCAGAAGCUGUUGUCCUUCAAUACACCGAUUGGUUGGACCAAGAUAACCCGGUGAAGAACCGAGAAGCUUUAGAUGACAUCGUUGGUGACCACAACGUGGUUUGUCCACUCAUGUUCUUCGCUCAACGUUGGGUGGAAAGAGGUGGGAAGGUCUUUGCUUAUCUCUUUGAUCAUCGAGCUUCUAAUCUGCUGUGGCCACCAUGGAUGGGGGUUCCUCACGGCUAUGAGAUUGAGUUUGUCUUUGGGCAACCACUCAACCCUCAACUCAACUACACGGCCGAGGAGGAGCAGCUCAGCCGCAGGAUCAUGCGCUACUGGGGCAACUUCGCCAGGACCGGGUGA